AUGGCCCAAAAUUCCAGUUCUGAAAUUACUGAUACAGAAAUAUCUCAUCUGGAAAAGAAUGUUAAUAAUUUGUUUUCGAGAGAAAUUUUGCUUGAUAAAUAUGUUGUAAAUAGUUUUUACGACAGUCAGCAUGAUGUUUUGCUGAAUAUUGAAGACACGCAAGAGAGUGAUAUAUGUGAGAGAGAUGUUAAUAAUGUUAAAGCAAAAACUCUUUCUACCUCCGAUUUUGUUAAACAGAAACCCUUUGUUUGUUUGCUUUGUGACAAAAGAUUUGGGAGUAAAAGUGCACAGGCUAAGCACAAUAAAAAGCAGCACACAGUGAGAAAGCUUCCUGAGUGUCUUAUUUGUGGACGACAUUUUGUUGAAAAUUUUGUUUUGAAACAACAUUAUUUGACACAUUCUGGAGAGAAACCUCAUGAAUGUGAUGUGUGUAAGAGAGGUUUUAAUAGUAAAUACAAUUUAAAAAGGCAUUAUAUGUUACAUUCAGAAGUAAAAACAAACUACACAGUAGAAAAGAAAUUUGCUUGUGAUUUGUGUGAUAAAAUGUUUUGUACAAAAAGUGCUCUUUAUAGACAUUGCCUGAAUCAUACAGGUGAUAAACGUUAUGCAUGUGACAUGUGUGGAAAAUCUUUUCAUCAGAAAAGUGAUGUGAAACGCCAUUACACAUGUCAUACUGGCGAUAAGCCUUAUGAAUGCAAAAACUGUGAUAAACGCUUUACUAAGAAAGAUUCUCUUAUGCGUCAUUAUAAACGUCAUACGCAUAAAGCUCAUAUGUGA